GCAUGCUCAGUUGCCAUUUACCUGUUGCCGAGCGCUGUAAUUCGUGCAGUGUCGUUGCGGAUGAAACUGAAUCUUGAGGCGCCGCAUUACGUUGCGUGCCUGCCUGCGCGUGUGUGUGAGUGAGCGAGCAAGUGAGAUAGUGAGCCAAGUGAGCGCGAGUGUGUAUAGUGCGUCCGUGUAGUGGUUGCUGGUGCUAUGCUCAAAGCAAAGGCAGCAAAAAGAUAACAUAAAGCAAAGUAAAAGAGCCACAGUGAAAGAUCAGCGCACACAUACAUACGUGCGCGCACACACGCACACACACACAUACACACAAUACCAACUUGCUUGCAAUAAAAAUAAAGUAGAGAAAAGUUGUGUGAAAUGGAAUAGCAAAAGGAAAUUAAAACGCAAACACAUAUGUAUGUAUGUACAUAUGCGUAUAUAUGUAUAUAUAUUUAAAACGGAAUUUAAUGAAGCAAAAACUGCCAAAUAAUGAGAAGCUGUGCGAUGCAUAAAUGAAAACUAAACGAGUGACGUGUAUAAAAAAGACUUUCAGCUCCAAAGCGAAGCUCACAGUAUAAAACAAAAUUAAUAUCAUAAUAAUAAAAUAAAAUGUCACACAAGACGGGCACGCGACGUGCCACAGAUCUGGAGUGUCCACUGGCGUCGCUUGGUCGGACCAGCAAUGCGGUGCGAGAUCAAUUGGCGGCGGCGCAUUACCAUCAUCCGCAUCCUUUGAGCUCCAGCCCGCUGGAUCCGCAAGCCUAUAAGAUGUCACGAAAGUCGCCAACCCUCGGUCUCAACAUCAACGAUGCCGCAGCCACUGCCGACCUCUAUCCACGUGGCUCACGCAGCUCCACGCCGCACAGCGACCAGCAGACACCAGCGACGACGGCCACGACGGCAGCCGUGCUGCAUAUGGUGCAGCAGAAGGCGGCCACAUUCGAGCUGCGGGGCCGGCACACGCGACAGGAGCAGUCUUCGUCCAGCUAUGGCACCCACUCCACUGCCUCUGUGGGCAGGCAUGCGCAGCUGAAGAAGUCGCCGGAGCUGCAAACGCUGCCCGCACCAGCGACCAGAUCCAUAGCUCCAGUGCCGCAGCCGCGCAACUUUCUGACGCUGGACUGGCUGCAUGGCAACAGCGCCGAUACCGAAGACUCCAGCGACAACAAUGUGGGCGGUGGCGGCGGCAGCAGAAGGCGUGGCCAAGCCCAAGGCGGACGCUGCAGCGUACCCACGGUGCUGAGCAAUGGCAACGACAGUGCCCAAUAUCUGCUGGGCAAGAAGAUGGAGUCCCUGUAUCUGGGCAACGCAUUACGAGCUCUGCCGCUGGGUGCCGAGGCGAGUCAGUACCAAAACGAGCGCUACUACCUGGAGGACUACAGCAGCGGGAGUGGCAACGAGCGAUUACCAGAACGUCUGCAUCAUCCGCGCAACUCCAGUCCCAGCGAAACGAGCGGCUCGGAUCGCUAUCUGCUGAAUCGCAGCACAAAUUCGCCCGCCAAUGCCUUCCAGCUGGACCACCAUCACACCAAAGUGCAAAGCCUCUCCGAUGGACUGUGCAAUAUGGGUCGCUUUUCGCCCAGCCUGGAUCAAGGCUACGCCACGCUGGUGUCGCCAUCGCCCACUGGCCACCAUCCGAGCAGCACGGCGGGCAUUGUGGUUAACAGCAAUUCAAAGAAUAGCAGCCCAAACGUUGUUGGCGGCGGCGUCAUUGCCAGCAGCACGCCAACAACAACUCCGCGCCGUGGACUGACCAACAGCAACAACGGUACGGUUAAUGGCACAGCUAUUGGACCGCCGCCCUGGAACCGGAAGGGUCCCUAUCGCUGUGGCCCCUUCUUUGACCGCCUGCCCGACGAGGUCGUAGUCCGCAUUUUCAGCUGGCUCGAUAGCUGCGAGCUGUGCAAUGUGGCGCGCGUCUGUCGCCGCUUUGAGCAGCUCGCCUGGCGACCUGUGCUCUGGAAGUGCAUCACGCUGCGCGGCGAGCAUCUCAAUGGUGACAAGACGCUGAAGAUGAUCUUCCGCCAGCUGUGCGGACAGAGCUGCAACGGCGCCUGCCCAGAGGUUGAGCGCGUCAUGCUUGCCGAUGGCUGUCGCAUCUCAGACAAGGGUCUGCAGCUGCUGACGCGUCGAUGUCCAGAGCUAACGCAUCUGCAGCUGCAGACCUGUGUCGGCGUGUCCAAUCAGGCGCUGGUCGAAGCGCUCACCAAAUGCAGCAAUCUACAGCAUCUGGAUGUGACAGGCUGCAGUCAGGUGAGCAGCAUCAGUCCAAAUCCUCAUGUGGAACCACCACGUCGCUUGCUCCUACAAUAUCUGGACCUAACCGAUUGCAUGGCCAUCGAUGACAUGGGCCUCAAGAUCGUGGUCAAGAACUGUCCGCAGCUGGUAUAUUUAUAUCUGCGACGCUGCAUUCAAAUUACUGAUGCGGGUCUGAAGUUUGUGCCAAGCUUUUGUGUUUCGCUAAAGGAACUGAGCGUCUCGGAUUGCGUCAAUAUCACGGACUUCGGCCUGUACGAGCUGGCCAAGCUGGGCGCCGCCUUGCGCUAUCUCUCUGUGGCCAAGUGUGAGCGCGUCUCGGAUGCGGGCCUGAAGGUCAUUGCUCGGCGCUGCUACAAGCUGCGCUAUUUAAAUGCGCGCGGCUGCGAGGCAGUCAGCGACGACUCCAUUACAGUGCUGGCUCGCUCCUGUCCGCGCCUGCGUGCCCUAGACAUAGGCAAGUGCGAUGUGAGCGAUGCGGGUCUGCGCGCCCUUGCCGAGAGCUGCCCGAACCUGAAGAAGCUCAGCCUACGCAAUUGUGAUAUGAUAACGGAUCGUGGCGUCCAAUGCAUUGCCUACUAUUGCCGCGGCCUGCAGCAGCUGAACAUACAGGACUGCCAGAUAUCUAUCGAGGGCUAUCGGGCGGUCAAAAAGUACUGCAAACGCUGCAUCAUCGAGCACACCAAUCCGGGUUUCUGUUGAGCACACGGACGCUGGAACGUUAAAGCAAAGAGGCAGGCCAUAUGAGCUAAGAUGUUCUAAACAAUGAAUGCAAACACAAAUUAUUAGCUGUUAAUGAUUGUAGCUCGUUACUGUAAAUACUUACUUAAGAUUACUACAGAUUGUACAUAUUGCUGGAGAGGAUUAGCCUAGGCCCAUAGAGCAUUUGCUAGCAUUUAAGUAGCGCGCCUUCUAGACUAAUUCUUGCAUAAUAAAUUAUUUC